AUGAUUGUGGACUUCAGAAAGAGCACUGUCCCCCCGCCCCCACCCUCCGUGAUGGACUCCCCCAUCACCUCUGUGGAGUCCUAUCGUUUCCUGGGCACCACCAUCACCCAGGACCUCAAUUGGGAGCCGACCAUCAGCUCCCUCAUCAAGAAGGCCCAGCAGAGGAUGUACUUCCUGCGGCAGCUCAGGAAAGCCAAGCUGCCUGCACAGAUGUUGGUGCAGUUCUACACCAGGGACAAGCAGAGACUACAGUGCAUCAUGCGCUCUGCAGAGAAGGUGAUUGGCCGCAGCCUGCCAUCGCUGCAGAACCUGUACGUCGCCCGAGCUCGAGGCCGGGCUGGUCGUAUCACAGCCGGCCCCUCCCACCCUGCACAUGGACUAUUCCAACCACUCCCCUCAGGCAGGAGACUGCGGUCCAUCAGGACUAGAACCUCCCGCCACAAGAACAGUUUCUUCCCCUCUGCUGUUGGACUCUUGAACACUUCUUAA